AUGGACAUUCUCUUGAAGAAGAGGGAUCACCUGGAGCGCCAAAUACAGCAGUUUAAACAAAAAGAAAGCGAUAGGAUGGAAUACAGAAGCCGUCUGGUAGAACGGGCCGAGGAGCAGAAGAGGGCGAUAGAGGCAGUGGAAAAAGAGAUACAUGGGAUGGAGCUAGUUCUUCUCGAAAAGAAAGAAAAGUUUGUGUGUCUGAAGGAGGAGGUUUCCAAGUACAAGAAAGAGAUUCUUGACAGGUCAAGGGGCGAGUAUAGGGACCUGUACAUAGAGAUAUUCGAAGAGGCAUCGCGAAUCCGUCCUUCUACAUCAUUUUCGACGUUUGGAGAGUUCUCAAGGAUCGAAGAUCUGAUUGGGAAGAAUGUAUUUAGGAAUCUUGGAAGGCGAUUGAAAAGGUUUUACAGCGAAGAGAAGGAAAAGCUAAGGAAGUACAUUCUGUCGCAAAUAGAAAAGAAGCUGGAAGAUAAACGAAAGAUGCAUGAGGUUGUGUUCAACAUGAAGUUCUUAAGCAGAUAUGAGCAGCACUUUUCUGAAAACGUGAUAGAGCACUUUCUUUACGAGAGAACAUCAAAGGCAUUUGAGUACCAUUUCUUAAGUGACAGAGACUCGAACAGACUUGACAAGCCUGAGUGGUUUCUUGAUUUUAUUCUUGCAAAGCUUAAAGAGAGCAGGGAAAUAUUUGGCAUGUACUUAGACUUGAAUAAGAAGGAUACUAAAGCAGACGAGUUAGAUGGAAGGUUUGGAGACCUUGUGAAAAGGAUGUGCGAUCUAAUAAAGACGAAAACAGAAGAGAUAUCUGGAUGUAAUAGCAAGCAAAAGAGGAAUCUGAUACUGCAUCUUGGUAUGGAGAUUAUGAAGUUCAGAUACGAGGUUUACCAUGAUUACGGCAUUAUUCUUGAGUUUCCUGAGUUGGGGCAUACGCUGUGCAAAGAACAAAAGAAAUAUGUACGAGAGAAGUUGUCGAAGAUACAUGAAUCAAGGCAUGUGAAAUGGUUUGGUGGAUACAAAGAGCUCCUGAGAGAAUGCCUUCUUUAUAUCUACAGGUUUAGGGCACUGGACCCGGCCUUUGGGAUAGACGAUGCAAUCCAGACCAUUAUUGAUUACAACAAGAUAUUUCUAGAAAGCCUUAGAUAUAUAAAUAGGCAGGAAAUAAGGGUUCUCUGUUGGGUAUAUAGCGAGUUUGAAAGGCUCAAAACGUUUCUGCUGGACCAAGAGAGCGAGGUUGUUUUUGACGCGAGGCUGAGUAUGGAGAGCAAGGUUGUGGAUGUAAAGAAGAACGGGGAUUCCCAGGACAUGCUCCACGAGGCAGUGGCUGGAUCUCUGGAGAGGGUCUCGGAGUUCAACAGCGAGAAUCUCAAACUGAUCAUGUCACUGGCGGCCAACGACGCGAGUGAGGGGCUCCGACCAAUCAGAAAGUUCUUCCAUGAUCCAAGCAGAAUAUUUCGGAAUCUUGUGAUUGACAUUGGGAAGUACCUUGAUGACUACAGGGAAUGCCUGUCCUAUGAUGCUAUAAAACGGGACUUAAAGGAAAGGACUGAUAUGUUUGUGCUUGAGGAGAUAAUACUGAAGUAUAGGCUUGAGACCUCCGAGUACUUUGAGCUGGCUGAAAUGAUAAGAAGAUUGGAAGAGGUGUUUGGAGAGGGGGAGUGGAAGAGUGAAAUGGCAUUGGAAUGUGUUGGAGAUAUAUUUGAAGGAAGAGACGCUGGUCAAGGACCAUUAUCUGAGAUUAUCAGAAGCUUGUAUGAAUGA